UGGUCGUUUGGUCCGAGUCAGAAUGCACACGCUAAACUAAUACAAUUCCAAGAAUAGUUUACCCAGUCAACAAUCAACACCAAAAAUAACAAAUAAAAAAAUAAAAAUCCAAGAACCCCAAAAUUGAUUCACCAAAUUCAUCUCCAUAAUUGCUCCAUUUCCCCAUUUUCUGAACUGUGACAAAGAAAAAGAAAGAAAAAAACACUUUUUUUUUUCUUUUGGGUUUCAAUUUACAUUAAAAGUUUAAUCUUUGGUGCUUGGGGAUUAUUGAAAAAGUGAAGAGAGCGUGUGUGGGGAUAUACUUUAUUUUGUAAACCCCAUUUGGUAUGGUUGUUUAGUGGAAGAGCAAAGUUGAAAAAGGUGGGGUUUUCUUGAAUUUAAUACUGAAGGUUUUUAUUGAUAUAAUUUUCUGUUUCCAGUGGCUUUACACAUGUAUACAUCUGGGUUUUUAAGUCAAAAGGCAAAAAACUUUACACAUGGGUUUUUGCAAAAGUUGUUGAAUUUUGAGGAACUGGGGUUUUCCCUGAGUUGAUUCAGUUGAAAAAAGUGUCCUUCUAGCCCCUUUCUUGAAGGUGGUAGGUAACUGAGUAAUUUCUUGAAUUAUUUGAUGAAGUAAUUUCAUCAUUUUGUGCUGACCCUUUUGAAAAGCUGAGCUUGGGCAUGUGGGUUUCAGCUCAGGUGGAAGAUUUAACUUUGGUUUGAUGACUUUACUCAGUUUUGGUUGAUCUUUCUGUUGAGCAUUUACUUGUUAUUUAUAUAAAGUUUCAAAUUGAAGAGAAAUAUGAUCAAGAUAUUUGGUAAAAAGAACUCUAAGAAGCAGUCAAAGACAGCUGGUACCUCUAGUUCAAGUUCUUCAACUAGCAGUUCAAAGAAAAGUGACGGAGGAAAUAAAAAGGUUGGAGUAGCCAGUACUGUUAUUUCAGCCCCUUAUUCUGUUUCAGCUUCAGGAUAUGGAAUGGGGGAUAAGUUUGUUCGAGAUGGGAGUUUUAAGGUGAAUGGGAAUCUGGUAGUAGCUUCUUAUGAUGCAUUACCAAAUUUUAGGGAUGUUCCCAAUUCUGAGAAACAGAACUUGUUCAUUAGGAAGCUCAGCAUGUGUUGUGUUUUGUUUGACUUCACUGAUCCUACAAAGAACCUUAAAGAAAAGGAGAUCAAGCGACAGACAUUGUUGGAGCUCGUGGAGUACGUGACUUCUGCAAAUGUAAAAUUUACAGAAGUGGUGAUGCAAGAAGUAGUAAAAAUGGUAUCUACAAAUUUGUUCAGGGAACUCAUGCCUCAGCCUCGGGAGAACAAGGCGUUGGCCUUUGAUGUGGAAGAGGACGAGCCUGCAAUGGAUCCUGCAUGGCCACAUCUGCAGAUUGUGUAUGAGUUUCUUCUAAGAUUUGUUGCAUCACCGGAAACUGAUGCAAAAGUUGCUAAAAGAUAUGUAGAUCAUUCUUUUGUUCUCAGAUUGCUUGAUCUUUUCGACUCUGAGGAUCCUAGAGAGAGGGAGUACUUGAAAAUAAUACUGCACCGUGUCUAUGGGAAGUUCAUGGUACACCGACCUUAUAUUAGGAAGGCUAUUAAUAACAUAUUUUACCGUUUUGUUUUUGAGACUGAAAAGCAUAAUGGGAUUGCAGAGCUUCUGGAAAUUCUGGGCAGCAUAAUCAAUGGGUUUGCUUUGCCACUAAAAGAAGAACACAAGCUUUUUCUUGUGCGGACACUGAUCCCCCUGCAUAAACCCAAAUGCUUAGCCAUGUACCAUCAACAGUUAACUUAUUGUAUGACACAGUUUGUGGAGAAAGACUGCAAGCUUGCUGAUACAGUUAUUAGGGGAUUGUUAAAGUAUUGGCCAGUAACAAAUAGCUCAAAGGAAGUCAUGUUCCUUGGUGAGUUGGAGGAAAUCUUGGAAGCUACUCAGCCACCAGAUUUCCAAAGGUGUAUGGUGCCAUUGUUUCGUCGAAUUGCUCAUUGCUUGACUAGUUUGCAUUUUCAG